AUGAUCUCCUACAUGAAAGAUCUGGGCAUCAAGGAAACUAAAGAGUCCUCCAAGACACAUCUUCGCAGGAAACUUCAAGCAGAGUGUGGGAGUUUAUUACAGUUUGAAGACCUGCUUGGUAACAACAGAGCCUUUAUUAUCCAUGCCAAUUUGUCACGACUUCAGUUGGCUAAAGAAGAAGCGGGAUUACAGCAUCUGCAGUGCGAAGGUCAAGCAUCAUUAAUAGAUGACAUCCAACGAGUUGCUCUAGAAUUUCGGAAAGCCAUAUGUUGCAAAGAAAUCGAGAUGUCGUGGCCUCCUAAGCCUUCCCAGCUCACUGAAGAGGAAAUGAAUCUCCCUGAUGAAGUUAGAGUGUUUCUAGCUACCUUUUUAACAGGAAAGUCAAAGUAUCCAGAAGAAACAUGCUCAUCAAAAGUCCAGCGCCUUGUCAACUCGUUUGGGCAGCACAUGGUAUUCGGAGUGACUGCCGGCCGAAAGAGGCCUCCAAAACACAUAUAACUACCCUAUGCUGUCAAGACCUUGACAAAUAAUAUAGAACUAAUUCAGAUCUUGAAUCGAUGAGGACAUGGGAUAGCCUACUCACAAAUCGAAGAAUUGAAGACAGCGUUGUGUCUUCAGAAAAUGGCAAUGACCCCGGAAAAUGCCGUCCCGUUUCCUGACAACAUCAAGCCUCACAUCAGUACAUGGCUUGCCUGGGACAACAUCGACAGAUUAGAGGAAACACUCGCAGGUGGGGGGAUGUUGCAUAGAGUUAAUGACAUUGCAAUACAAGCUCGACAAAUGUCUUCGAACGUCAUGGUUCUAGGAUUUGCAAACGUCUUCCUGGUGUGCAUGCUUUCCCUGGAUGUGAUAGUGUCGGCGCAUUUUCUGGAUAAGGAAAACUGAUGGCGUUAAAGUUAGGAAAGCAACGUCCUGCAUACCAAGAUUUAUUCCAACACCUUGGCGUGGAAUGGAAAUUAUCGGAUGAGCUAUUUGUGCGUCUUCAAGAGUUCACAUGCCUGAUGUACUCUUCAAAUCCUGGAACUAAGGAUUUUAACUUGUUGCGUUACCGUCUCUUCUGGGCCAGGAAAGGAGAGUUACAGUCGCACCAGCUUCCACCAUGCCAGGACACGUUACGAAACCAUUGUGAGAGAGCAAACUAUCGGUCAGCAAUAUGGUGCAGGAUUCUUCAAAGUUCACCCCAAAUCCCCUUGCCCAUUGGCUCUGGAUGGUGCCUAAAGGAUGGUAAAUUGACUAUUGACUGGAUGAGUGGGGAACCGGCACCCAAGGCUAUGUUUGAGCUCCUAUCCGGCCAGUGUACGAUAGUCUACCAGUUGCCAAGCUGUACCUGUCUGGCUAACGGAUUGCAUUGCAAUGACAUGUGUCGGUUACAGGAGUGUACAAACCAGCCAGAGGAAGCUACAGAGGAUUUAAUUGCAGGUGAUGUUGAAUGUGAAGAUGAUUGA